AUGAGCUUCUACGAAGACGAGGAAAACCUUAAAUUGCUAUGCAAUUUCUUACGAAGUAGCGAAGGACCCGCGGUGCGCGAGGGUCUCUUAAUGGACAAACGUGUGCAUUACCUGAAAGGGGAAAAGUUGGUGAACUUUAUGGUGGAACCCAAGCCUGGAACAAAGUGGCCCAGCAAUUUGCCGCGAUUUGAGAGCAGGCAAGAUGCUAUUGCUGUCUGUAAAGAGCUCUGCAAUCUUCAUUUUAUUCUUCGGUGCGAAAAGCGCGGAAAAGGAGAACUGGGGAUGAUUAGAAUGCGCGAUUUCGACGAAGCAGGAUAUUUCACAUGGAUUUACGAAGGUGAUAUGACACAAAGCCACAUGAUGACAGCAGCCCUUGUGAUCGGCUUUCUAUGUUGUGUAUGCUUCCCCAUCUGGCCUAGCUUCCUUCGAGUCUUUGUUUGGUAUUUGUCAGUCAGCUUCCUUCUCUUUAUUUUCCUUUUGAUUACGAUUCGAGCCCUUUUGUUCUUGUUUGUUUGGAUGGUGGGUUGGGAAUUCUGGUUCCUUCCAAAUUUGUUCGACGAAUCUCUUGGCUUUACUGACUCUUUCAAACCAGUCAUCUCUUGCGAGCCAACAUUGCCAGGGCAGCUCCCUUACCGAUUGGGCGUUGGGAUCGCAUUCUUCUCCUUCUGCUAUUGGGCCGUCACUCAACCAUCCGAAUUCGAUGGGUUUGUUGCUGCACAAGGGGACUUCUUGAAAGAUCUUUACGCCGGUACACUUCUCUCCGACAUGUCGCAAGAGGACAAGGAAAAUAUUGACAAGCCAAAGAUGCAAUCACUGGAUGAUCUACUCAAGGGUUUAGACGAAGAGAUCGAUAAGGAGGAUCUACCUGGCGAUUUGGAGGAUGAGGACAACCUUGAUUCCUUGCUUGACAAUCUUCUAGACGUCGAAGAAGAUAUCGAUGAGGAAGAGGAAUAG